AUGCCAAUUUUUUUUCAAUGCUCAUCUCAUCGCACAGAGAAAGAGAAUAGUGUAACAUAUACGUACAUGCCACUUAGCGAUUAUUAUCAACCGUUGAAAAGGCUUUGGAAUCUGCUUCCAAUUGAUCAUUCAAUGCCUCAGAUGAUUCCUUCCAUGGACAUUGUCGCUAGCUUUUCUAGAAACGUUACGCAGUUCGCAUUCCAGGCAAAUCUUUCGCAAAAAAAUGCCAUCGAUAUUUAUUCAUUAGAUCCAUCAAAUGACUACAGUAUUAACAGUUCACUGGUCAAUCGAGUAGAUUACGAGGGGAAUGAUUUAAAAGCGUCAGAAGUGUUUUUCAUAGGAUGGUGUACCAGCUCUGAGGAGAAUUCUACCACCAAGACUAAAAGAACUCAAAGCGAUGAAAACAGAGUUACUAAAGAUGAAAACUUUCUUGUAAAUGGGUUUCCAGAUGGCAAAAUUGUUGUCUUUUCGUCUACUGGUAAGCAGAUUGUUAACAUUAUCCAAAAUAAGAAACAGAUCCUGCAUAUCGAUACAGAAAGUGAGUUCAUAUGGAUUUUAGAUUCUGAGUCUACAGUAAAAAAAUUACCAUAUACUCAGACUAAACCCGUGAAGAGCUUCCAAUUGAUAGAUGGUAGGGAUGAAGAAAUUACAUCAUUUAGAGUUUUACCAAGACAAAAGAAGAACGUUUAUUUGGCACUAUCCACCAAAGAUGCAUUAUUUAUCAUUGAUCCUACAAAUAGUAAACCUAGAACUGUUUUGAAGCUGGGACUAACUGACUGUAAAUACUGCCAACUGUUUUAUCAAAAUGGCGAAAAAUUGGUAGUGACCACUGAUGAUAGAGUAUUGGUUUUCAAUGUAUCCGAUGGUGAAUUGAUUCAAGAAUGGAACUUACAAGUAAAAAAAUUGAGGAUUUUUGGAGACGUAGUAUUGGCACUCGAUACACAAGGUACUAUAUCAGCUUUGAAAAUUGGCAAUGAUCAAAACCUAAGUCAAAUUGAGAUACCGCAAUCCCAAGUGAUAGAUUUUAUCCCAUUAAAGGAUAUUUUAUUGAUUGCAUGGUUAAACGUGAAUGAACCAAAUUUUAAAGUAAUACCUUUGGAAAAAAUAAAUAGUGGUGAAAAGAUUGUGAUUGAUGAUUUACAAAUGGAUACUGAAACUCAAGAUUUGGACGGUAAAGUAAAUCAUCAACUAGAUGAUGGAAACGGAGGACCCAAAUAUGAAAAGAAAAAAGUAUCUAGAGCUGAACAGGAUGAACUUAGCCAGUCUUUGAUCAAUUUCUUGGAAAAAAGUGAUUCAGAAGGGGUUUUGGAAACAAUUUCAUCACAAAAUUGGACUGAACAAAGAAUUAAAUCGUUUGUUGUAUUCCAUGUGAAUAAUUAUGAAACUGCUAGACUUAUAUUUGAAGUUAUCAGUUCUAAUUUUCAAAGAGAAGUUUGGAAUAAAGAAAGUUCGCUGGCAGAAUGGUUGAGAUGGUUACUUACUUUGAGAGGUGACUCCCUCGACAGCAAACACAUGAAGAAAAAUACAAAGCACUUAAGAUCCACUCUAAAAAAUUCUGGUGAAUCAUUGCCUACUUUAAUCGGUAUUCAGGGUAGAUUGGAAUUGUUAAGGAAACAGGCCCAAUUAAGGGAAGAUUUGGCCAACUUAAACGUCGCCGAAGAUGAUGAUAAGGUGGAAACAGUGAAUCAUGAAAAUGCUGCUGUAGUAGGUGAUGGUGAAGGUCAAGAUGAUUCUGUCCAAUUUAUUAAUGGUGAAAGUGAUACUUAUGUAGAUGCACAGGAGAAAUGA